ACAACACUUAUAAUCUUAACAAGUGUUUCGACCAGUUUUGUACAGUUUAGCAUUAUAUAAACAUCAUCAUGUCUGAAAGUGUAACUAUCAAUGGUGAACGCUACGCAGUUAAUUUGACGACACUACCGGCUGACAUAAGCUUGAAUACUUUUAUACGAGAGCAUGCUGGACUUACGGGCACCAAAUUCAUGUGCCAAGAAGGCGGUUGCGGUGUCUGCGUCUGCGCCUUGAGCGGCAUUCAUCCGGUGACCGGCGAGCUUUGCACCUGGGCGGUCAACUCUUGCCUAACACUCCUCAAUACCUGUUUGGGAUUAGAAGUAACCACCACGGAGGGAUUGGGUAACAAGCGCAAGGGCUAUCAUGCGAUCCAGCAACGCCUCACCAAGAUGAACGGCACCCAAUGCGGCUACUGCUCGCCGGGAUUCGUUAUGAAUAUGUAUGCACUGCUUAAGUCUACGGGCGGCAAGGUGACAAUGGCCGAGGUGGAGAAUUCGUUUGGCGGCAACAUCUGUCGCUGCACCGGCUACCGGCCCAUACUGGACGCCAUGAAGUCCUUCGCCGUGGACAGCAACAUCCAAGUGCCGGCGGAAUGUGCAGAUAUCGAGGACUUAAGCAAUAAAACGUGCCCCAAGACCGGUGAACUUUGUGCUGGCAGCUGCAAGAAGCAGCCGAAGAAUGUUCAACUCUAUUCCGAUGGCAGUCGCUGGUAUUGGCCACAGACAAUAUCUACGCUCUUUGAGGCACUCCAGCAGGCUGAAAAAGAGCAGCUGCCUUACAUGCUUGUAGCUGGCAAUACGGCUCAUGGCAUUUACAGACGCAGUGCGGAUAUUAAGGCCUUUAUCGAUGUGCGUGCUGUGGGGGAGUUGAGAGGCUACAGCUUGAAGGAUAAUGCCUUGUCUUUGGGCGGUAACCUGAGUCUCACUGAGACCAUGGACAUAUGUCGCAAGUUCGAGAAGACUGCUGGCUUUGAGUAUCUAUCACAGGUGUGGUUGCACCUGGACUGGAUUGCCAAUGUGCCAGUACGCAAUGCGGGCACCUUGGCAGGCAACUUGUCGAUCAAGCAUGCACAUCCCGAGUUCCCCUCAGAUGUCUACAUUGUGAUGGAGGCUUUGAAUGCAAAGGUGAUCGUUCAAGAGUCGGCAUCAAAGCAGGAAGCCAUCAGCUUAGACAGCUAUUUGAAACUCAACAUGCAGGGCAAGCUUAUUCGUGGAUUUAUUCUUCCAGCUUAUUCCAAGGAGGAAUUCAUUUUCGAUUCCUAUAAGAUCAUGCCACGUGCUCAGAAUGCUCACGCCUAUGUCAACGCUGGAUUCCUGGUCGAGAUGGAUGCCAACUCUCAGGUGAAAAGUGCCCGCGUUUGCUUUGGUGGUAUUCGACCGGACUUUGUGCACGCAUCUUCUAUUGAGAAGCUGCUGAUUGGCAGCAAUCCCUUUGAGAAUUCUUUGCUAGAGCGGGCUUUUAGCAAUCUGGAAUCCAUUCUUCAGCCUGAUGAAGUGCUACCUGACGCUUCGCCUGCCUAUAGACGCAAGCUGGCCUGCGGCUUGUUCUACAAGUUCCUUCUGAAGGCGGCGACUCAACGUCAAAAGACAGUCGCGAAGAAGCAUGAAACGGGAGGUCUGCUGCUACAACGUCCA